AAAUCUGGAGGGAUGCAUUUUUAACUUUUCACAGUAUGCUCAGACCAAAUCUGUCCCUGUUGUUCUUAUUAGUUCCACGUGACCUUGUACAGACAGAUAUUAAAUAUUUACGUUAGACUUUUUUUUUUCAUCUGCAGGCAAAUGGCUGUCACUGUGGGGGGUACUUUUUCUGCCAGGGGUGCUUUUUUCAGCACAACACCAGCCAAAAAUGAAAAGUGUUUGGAUAACAAUAACUAGUGGAACUUAAACGUAAUAGAAUUUUUUUAAAAAGAUGGGACAAAUAGAGAAAAUCAACAGAAACUUCUUGAUCUGAUGGAGGAGGCUCACAUGUCAUCACGUUUAAUGAGUUUCAGUUUAUUCCUAACAGUGUUGUUUCUCCCGUCACCAGUUUGGGUCCUGAACGCGUCACGUUGCUGCACUCACACUGUUUUCGUGGUUUCAGCUGCAGUGUAUUCUCUCAGGACCACUUGUCCUCCAGCUUUACGUCACAUGUUUCAUCUCCUGUCUUCCCUGACACCUUCUGUCUGCAGGAAACGCCACGAGCGUUUCUCAACAGCCUCCCGCCAUGUCUCACAACUACCCGUACAGACGGCCGCCGUCUGACACUGACCUCCGGCCUGAUCCUGGAACUUACAGCUCUGCGGACCACUGCCACACCUCCGACGACUUUUACAGGCCUCAGGAGUCCUUGUCCUAUCCGUCUUCCUCCUCCUCCUCCAGGGCGCCGUUGCAGCCCCCGGCGUUGCAGGCCAGGCCGCCGUUGCAGGCCCCGGCGUUGCAGGACGGCGUUCUGAGCAUCCUGAGCAGCGUUGGUCUGGAGCCAGACGAUCUGGCUCUGCUGGCCGAGCUGCCGGAGGACGUCCUCACCGUCGAGUCGCUGCCGCAUAUCCUCAAGCAGAUCAAAGGCAAGAGAGGCACCAUCAAACCUUUCCUUUCGAGUGCUCCCUCCUCUUCCACCUCCUGUUACUCUGGAAGCUCCACCCAGCGACCCGCCAUCAGCACGGACUGGGACCAGCGGCAGCCGGUCCAGUACCCACUGGGCCAUGUACCGUCCAGCCCUCUUUCAUCUUCUAGCACCUGCAGAGCAGACCACCCACCAUCAUCCUCAUCCUCAUCAUCCUCGGGUUUCACGGUGGACUACCACCACAGACCGGGUCCCUCUGACUAUGGUAAGACUGGUCCAGUUCCUUCUCAGAACCGACCCUCUUUCAGCGCAGCAGAGCCGGGAAACAAAGCUCGCACUUCUUGCUACUCUGAAGCCCGAGCAGCUGAUUUUCCUAAACCGAAACCAAAGGAGGGACACCGCGAGUCCAGAUUCUCUUCCAGCAGGAGCAUCCCAUUGAAGAAACAAGCUCAGGACUUCCACGGGACGACUCCAGCAAUGUACCCGUACUCGUGCUCUCUGUGUCAUAUCACUGUGCUGUCAGAGAGGGUUUGGAUUCAGCACAUCAAUGGCACCCUGCAUGCGGAUGGACAGCUCAGCCUGCUGCAGCAGUUUCCUAACUGGGACUGUCGCAUGGAAACAGCCGGCAGGGAAGAUAACGAACCAGAGAAGCGGAGGGACGAUAAGAAACGCAGCCCGCCGCGGCAGACGUCCAGUCAGAACCAAACACCGCAGACGAACCAGAAACAGCAGAAGAAGACUUCAGAUAAAGGCAAAGUGGUGUGUGUGAAGUUCCCGCCUCAGUCUGUGGACGAGUCGUAUCUGAGGAAACUGACGGAACCGUUUGGAAAGAUCCUCAAGAUUCUCAUGUUUCCGUCUUUAGCGUUUCUGGAGCUGGGCACCGUCGACCAGGCGAAGGACUUGGUGAAGUUCCACAUCAACUAUCCGCCGACUGUGAACGGAGAGCAGAUUGAGUUCAGCAUCUCGAACGCCUUCAGCUUCCUUUGGAGCUGUCAGGUGGUGAGUUUCAGUCCAGCUCCAGCAGGAGAAGACGGCCGAUCAGAUCUGAUCAGCAUCGUGAAGCGCUUCGGCCUGCCGCUCUACACGCUGUUUCUGCCGUCUGUGGCGUUUGUGGAGAUGAGGAAUGUUGUGGACGCUCAGAAGCUGGUCGAUUAUUAUUCUACAAACACUCUGAGGAUCAACAAGGACUCUAUCAAAGUCUCGUUCUCUGAAGAGUACAAGAGGCUCAUGAACAUUCCAUCUGCAAAGAAGUACGAGGAGGAACCCACUUCAGCCAAGAGGAGUUCAAGUCCAGAGAAAAACCAGAAGUCAGGGACCAAGAGGACGAGGAGCGAGUCCAACAGAGACCGCAAGAGCAGGUCCAGAUCAAGAGACAGACAGAUCAGAACCAAGUCCAGAUCCAGAGAUAAAUCUAAAGAAAGAUCCAGCAGACACCGGAAGACUAGAUCCAGAUCCAGAGACAAAUCCAGCAGCAGGUCCUCUAGGAACAACAGGUCUAGAUCCAGCCGAAACACUAGAACAAGGUCCAGGUCCAGGUCCAUGUCCAGUGAUAAAUCAAGAACAAAGUCCAGCAGAGAGAUCAGAUCUAAGUCCAGGGAAAAGUCGGACAGAGAGAAAAAGAGCAGAUCCAAAUCCAGAGAGAAGACCAGCAGAGAGAAAGGGACCGGGUCUGCGUCCAGGUCCAGGGAUGAGUCCAGCACCGGACCGUCCAGGGAAAAGAUGGUGGAACCAGAGUCUAAAGAUGAGCCGACUCCUGUUAGCGGCUCCAAACCUGAAGCUGCAGAGGAGAUGGAGGAGGAGGAGGAGGAGGAGGAGGAGGCGGGGAUGUCUGCAGAGGAGAGCGACAUCGAGGGGAUGGAGGUGAUCGCAGAGGACGGAGAGGAUCUGGAGGACGAAGAAGUGGAAAGUCAGGAGGAAGAAGAGGACGAAGAGGAGGAGGAGGAGGAAGCUGCUGAGGAAAACGAGAGUCCUGCAGAGAGAACGCAGUCACUGGAACCAGGUAGAAACCAAAGUCCACAGGAAGAAGACUUCCCAGUAGACCUGGAGAACUGCAUCACUCUGGAUGAACUUGACGAAGACAAGUCUGAUAAAGACACAGCAUCAGAUGAUGGAGUCCCAGAUAGACCUAAGUCGUCACAGUCCAGCAGAGUGCUCUACUUUGCCAACCUGCCACCGCGGUUCAGCGACUCUGAGUUCGUCAGACUGGUGAAAGGCUUCGGGACGGCGGCGCGCUACAUCCUGAUCCGCACCCGACAAGAGGUCUGA